AUGGACGCCCACGCCGUAACGCCGCCACUAUCACCGGCCACUCCCCAACCUCAGCAGCCACAUACUAUGCCACCUCUCCUCGUGAGGCAGACUCGCGACAUGCUCGCAGGAGCAGCAAAGGAGCGCAUCCAGAUCAUGCGUGAGUGGCAGCUCGCGAAGAGUGUGAAGGCGGAAGACCUUGCAACAGCUCUGGAAGCUGACCUGACAGCAAAUGGCGAGACUAAAGCAGAGCUUGAGGAUCUUCUGAUCCUUCACAGCCAGCAGAAGCUCGAUCCUUACGAUCCUCGACCAAGCAAGAUCGCGGCCGCGUACAAGAUGGCAGGUCUUGAUGAGGUAGGUGAGCAGUGGGUAGGCUGGAGACCACCAAUCGAGUUCUGGGGAGAUUGGGAUGGUCCGUCGGUUGACUGGAGCGGUGCCACUGUGGACUGGCACAAGUCAGGCGAUCGCAGCAAAGACGAAGAGCAGAGUGUAGGUCCGAGAGGUGAGACUCCUUGGUAUUAUUACUAA